GCUCUGACCGGCCUGGCAGGAAACGCAGGCGGUCGGUUCUGAUCGGGGAGGAAAGCAAAGAGUAUGCCGAUGCAUUCCUGGCCUGGGCCUUCUAGCUGGUGGACAGAUUUUGGGGAGACAGGAGGCUCCAGUAGGAUAUUUUAAAAUUGAAAACAAAACAAUUGCUUUGGAGUUCACUGUACAGGGUGUUAGAACACCAGCAUCUACAAUCAGGAAACUGAAACCAAAGGUGAUACUAGGAUCUGACCAGGUCUGCAGAUUUGAAGAAAUCCGAAUAUUUUCUGAUUUGGAGCAUGGAAGGAAAAAACGUUCACAGUGGCAGGAAACCAUGGAGGUGUGGAGAUUGCGAAGAGGGUUUCCAAUCCCCUUCUGCGCUUGAAAUUCACCGGCGGGUCCACACCGGGGAGAGACCAUUCACUUGCUCCGUGUGUGGGAAGGGAUUCCCUCGGUCAUCCCAUCUGCUGAGGCACCAGCGACUUCACACAGGGGAGAGACCUUUUGCUUGCCAAGACUGUGGGAAGUCCUUCAAAUGUUCUAGGGAACUGAUAUCUCAUCAAAUUCUUCACACUGAUGAGAGACCGUUCAGGUGCUCUGACUGUGAGACUGGGUUCAGGCGGUCAUCCGACCUCACUAAACACCAGCGGGUUCACACCGGGGAGAAGCCGUUCACCUGCUUUGAGUGUGGGAAGGGGUUCACUCAGUCGUCAGCCCUGUUGCAACACCAGCGAGUUCACACCGGGGAGAGACCGUUCUCCUGUUCAGAGUGUGGGAAGGGAUUCACAGCGUCAUCUGCCCUGCUGAGACACCAGCAAGUUCAUACAGGGGAGAGGCUGUUCACCUGCUCAAAGUGUGGGAAGGGAUUCACGCAGUCAUACAACCUACUGAGACACCAGCGAGUUCAUGAGGGAUUCACACAUGGUGGCAAAGAGCAUAGCCGAGAUAUUCAGUCAUACUUUGUAUUUGCUAUUACCCAGAUCAUGAUGACCGGAACGGUGUGGGCUUCUGAGGAAUCAGAAGUCAUUGCUGUGAUCAGGCGUGUUGACACUGAUUGCUGCGCACAGAACAUUGGAGUGGCUGCAUACAUGCACAACUUCUCAGCUGAACAUCCUUGGAUUUUGAACAUGGAAAGUAAAAGCACCAUUGAAAGUGGAGAGAAACUGUACACGUGUUCUCUAUGUGGACGAGGUUUCAGCCGAUCAUCUGGCCUGUCAAGACACAAUUGCAGUUGUAUUGAGGAGAAACCGUGGAAAUGUGGGGUCUGUGGGAAGGCAUUCAGUUCCCCAUCAAAAGUGGAAACUCAUCAGCGCAUUCACACUGGAGAGAGACCAUUUAUCUGUUCCGAAUGUGGUAAGGGAUUCUCUCAGUUAUCCCACCUGCUCUCUCACCAGAGAGUUCACACUGUGGAGAGACCAUUUUCCUGCUCAGAGUGUGGGAAGGGAUUUACUGAGCCAUCCCACCUGCUGAUACAUCGGCGUGUUCACACUGGGGAGAGACCUUUCAAAUGCCAAGACUGUGGGAAGUGCUAUAAAAGUUCCGGGGAACUGAUGUCCCAUCAGCGUGUUCACACGGAUGAGAGACCAUUCAGGUGCUCUGACUGUGGGACUGGGUUCAAACGAUCAUCUCAACUCACUGUACACCAGAGAGUUCACACUGGGGAAAGGCCAUUCACCUGCUCUAUGUGUGGGAAGGGAUUCAUUCAGUCAUCCACUCUGCUGAGACACCGCCGAGUUCACGAUGGAGAGGGACCAUUUACCUGCUCCUAUUGUGGGAAGCGAUUCACUCAGUCAUACAACCUGUUGAGACACCAGCGAGUUCACACUGAUGAGAGACCUUUUAAAUGUCCUGACUGUGGGAAGUGUUCUCGAAGUUCUUGGGAACUGAUGUCCCAUCAACGUAUUCAUACCGAUGAGAGACCAUUCAGGUGCUCUCACUGUGGGACUGGGUUCAGGCAAUCUUCUGACCUCACGGUACACCAACGAAUUCACACUGGAGACAAACCUUUCAAAUGUCCAGAAUGCGGAAAGAGCUUUAAAUGUUCCAAGGAACUGAUGUCCCAUCAACGUGUUCACACUGAUGAGAGACCGUUCAGAUGCUCUGAUUGUGGGACUGGGUUCAGGCGAUCCUCUGAUCUUACUAAACACCAGCGAAUUCACACUGGGGAGAAACCGUUCAUCUGCUCCAAGUGUAGGAAGGGAUUCAGUCAGUCAUCCACCCUGCUGAAACACCAGAGAGUUCACAAUUAUCACACGAUUGUGACCAUGGAAGGAAAAAGCACAGAUCACAGUGGGGAGAAACUCUACACAUGUUUGGUUUGCGGACACAUCUUUUAUCACUCAUCUGACCUGUCCAUGCACCAGCGUAAUCACACAGUGGAGAAAGUCUGGAAAUGUCAGGAGUGUGGGAAGGGAUUCAAAUAUCCAUCCCUGCUGGAAACUCAUCAGCGUAGUCACACUGGGGAGAGGCCAUUCAUCUGCUCUGAGUGUGGAAAAGGCUUUGCUGCAUCGUCCACACUGCUGUCUCAUCUGCGUGUUCACACUGGGAAGAGGCCAUUCACCUGCUCUGUGUGUGGGAAGGGAUUCACUCAGUCAUCAACCCUGUUAUCGCACCGGCGAGUUCACACUGGGGAGAGGCCAUUCACCUGCUCUCGUUGUGAAAAGGGAUUCACUCAGUUAGCAAACCUCCUGAAACACCACCGAGUUCACACUGGGGAGAGACCAUUCACCUGCUCGCUGUGUGGGAAUGGAUUCACCCAGUCAUCUGACCUGCUGAAACACCAGCGGGUUCACACUGGGGAGAGGCCAUUCAGCUGCACCAAGUGUGGGAAGGGGUUCACUCAGUCAUCCCACCUGCUGAAACACCAGCGAGUUCACAAGUAACCAAAGUUUUUGCCAUUAAGCAUACCCAGGAAUGAACGGCAGUCAUUAGGAUCUGUUUCUACAGAUGAUGUUAAAUCAUAAUGUAGAUACAAUUCAAAUAUAAAGAUAAAUCUACACGACGAAGUCGAGAAUAUAAUCCCAACUCACAGUAUAUUAAUGAAUUUAUACGGAGUAGAGACUGAACACCUGUAUGGUGUGUGAAAUUUUCUGAUUCAUCCGGAGUGGUAAAAUACCAAUAAGUUCCCUGAGUCACUGUUGGAGUGACCAUCUAUCUCUAAACCAUGUUUUCUGGGGUCCUUUUGUGAUGUUUUUAAACUCCAGUUUGAUUAUGUAUUUGAGAUAAAAAAUCAAAUAAAUCAGCUUUCUGUUAAACACA